AUGUCGCGUGUCGUUGACUCUAACACGGGCGCUGUGAGCAUCCCUGACGGUUUAUACGCAAGCGUCGGUACCCUGCCUUCGUCUUCGGCAUUGGCUCCGCAGGCGGUGUACAACGGGGGGUACACGAAUGCGGCAGAGAUCUAUGUGCGUAUCGCCACGGGAGGCUCGGGUCAAUCUGGCCUCAUUGGCGCCUGGGCCGACGCGUUUAUCAAGUACUCUGUGAGCCAGGGUCAGCAGCCCUUCCUGGUGGGCUGGUACCUUGGUGAUACGACGGAGAGUCUAGGAUUGCUCGAAGCCGGCUCAGUUGACAUCGCUGUGACAUAUAACGAGGCCGCCGAGUUGCAGAAGAUGAACAGCAAGGUAGCCGUCAGGAGGGAGUACGGCUUCAGAGAUCACUUCUAUCUCGUAGGGCCCAGCACGGAUAUCAAUCCGGCUGCACUCAAAGACGACGACGAUAUCCUGACGAUGUUCAACAAAAUUGUAACGACCGGGAAUGCGCACGCUAUUGUGAUUCCUUCUAUUUGCUAUAAACCUGAUUAUCACGGCGUUCCAUGGGCGCUGGCAUACUCCAAAUGGUACCACCAGUACCCGCAGUUCCCUCUCCAGGCGCUGAAAGCCACGUCCGUCCUGAACGAGUACACAAUCACCGACCGCGGCACCUGGCUCUCGUCCGACGACGCGAUCGUCGCUUCGCUCCACAUCUACAAGCAGGGUGGGGACAGCACGGUGGACCCGCUGCUGAACCCCGCGCACGUCCUGCUGGGCAGUAAGGUUGAGGAUAAGUAUAAGGAGAUAUGUAAGGGGUUUAUGGAUUGGGUGGUGAUGAAGGACGGAGGGCAGAAGGUGAUACGGGAGUUCAAGAAGAAGGGGCAGGUGCUUUACUCGGAGGCUCCGACUUCCAAGUGA